AUGACUCUUCGGCAUCGGGGAUUCAUCUUAAAUGCGGUUCCUGCUAUUGGUCAUGGAGUGUUGGCCCGUGGAGAUGCUGACUGCAUUCCACCGCUGGCUUCGGUGCAAGCUCCCUCAAUAGGGAUCGAGCCUGAUGGCACAAACCACCAUGAACUGGUCCAAGCUCGGACGAACCUUGCACCAACCCGGCCCCCAAAUCACACGGCCUCCCGUUUGUCGGUGCUUGAUAUCAUCUCUCAGAUCACAUCUACGUCGGCUCACGGCUUAAUUGUGAUAUCGGUAUGUGAUCUUUCGCUACGGCCUUCAGAGAGUAAUACCGACCACAAUUCAAAGACACUCCCACUCAAGACCUGUACGGAGGUUGCGCUCAAAAAGCCUCGUGUCUAUUGA